UUGGUAAUUUAGAAAGGUCACAUUGGUCAAAAUAAAAUCUAACUGCUAUAGUGCGAAGUUUGCGAAUAUUCAAUUAGAAUUUGGUUUAUUUGCUUAAAUUAACCGUUUUCUUUAGUUUUAUUUAGCCACUUGUGCAUAUAGCUUGUGUUGAUUAGUUGAAUUUUUUUAUUAACAAUCAAAAUGAGUUCUCGCUUCGCGGUUGUUGAACAAGGCCCGCCAAUUGAGGUUUUCCUGCUUAACAAACUCUUUACAGACGAUACAAAUAAAAAUAAAGUAAAUUUGGGAGUUGGUGCAUACCGAGAUGAAACUGGUAAACCAUGGGUCCUCCCUGUUGUUCAGAAAAUGGAGAAGCAGAUGGCAGCUGAUGAAACUCUUUUACAUGAAUAUCUCCCUGUUCUUGGUCUUGAGCAGUUCAGUAACCUCUCAGUUUCUAUGCUAUUGGGUGAAGAUAGUUCUGCCAUCUCUGAAGGAAAGACUUUUGGUAUCCAAGUUCUAUCUGGCACCGGUGGUCUGAGAAUUGGUGCAGAAUUUUUGAACAAGCAUCUUAAAUAUACCACUUUCUAUUACUCCAACCCAACAUGGGAAAAUCACCACUUGGUCUUCGUAAACUCUGGCUUCACACAGCCGCGCGUUUACAGGUACUGGGACCCCAAGACCCGAGCUAUAGACUUCGAUGGAAUGAUUGAAGACCUAAAGAAUGCACCUGAGAACUCGGUCAUACUGUUACAUGCGUGUGCGCAUAAUCCUACUGGAAUAGACCCCACUCAUGAACAAUGGAUUAAGAUCGCUGAUGUUAUGGAAGAACGCAAAUUGUUCCCGUUCUUCGACAGUGCGUACCAAGGAUUCGCGUCUGGAGACUUAGAUAGCGACGCGUGGGCCGUGAGGUACUUCGUGAAGAGAGGAUUCGAACUUGUUUGCGCACAGUCAUACGCCAAGAACUUUGGCUUAUACAAUGAGCGUGUGGGUAACCUGACCGUGGUGGUAAACGAUCCAAAGCUGAUCCCAGCCAUGAAGUCCCAACUGACGUGGGUGGUUCGUGGGAUGUAUUCGAACCCACCCGCUCAUGGUGCAAGAGUAGUCGCCAAUGUACUGGCUGAUAAGAAGCUCUUCGAUGAAUGGAGAGGCCACAUAAAAAUGAUGUCUUCCCGUGUUAUGCAAAUGAGGGAUGCGCUCAGGGCCGAACUUAUCAAACUUGGCACCCCCGGAAACUGGGACCACAUUGUAAAGCAGAUCGGUCUUUUCUCCUACACGGGUCUGACGAGCAAGCAGUGCGAGCAUUUAAUCCAGGAACACCACAUUUACCUCCUCAAAUCAGGUCGAAUUAAUAUUUGUGGAUUAAACGCCUCCAACGUGGAGUACGUGGCAAGGGCCAUGCACGAUGCCAUCACCAAGUUCCCGGCGCAAGAUGAGCAACCAUCAAAAUUAUAAAAUUUGGCCCCUUUACAAUAUGGACGUGCAUUUGAGUACUGAAAUCAUCACACGAAGAAAGGAUUAAAAAGUAUUAUUUGCAUAAUGACAAUUCAUUUGUAUUAAAAUAACUGAGUUA